GCCUGCUAGAUGGCGAACUCCAGCGAGCUGGGAAGCAGCAGCAGCCCCCACCUGCCCAGCCCUGGCAGCCUCCUGGGCACCUCUGGCCUGAAGCUGGCCACCCUGGGCCUGAUCCUCUGCCUCAGCCUGGCUGGCAACCUGCUCUUUGCUUGGCUCAUCUUCAAGGACCGCCACCUGCACCGGGCCCCUUACUACUUGCUCCUGGACCUGUGCCUGGCAGAUGGCCUGCGCUCCCUGGCCUGCUUCCCCUUUGUCAUGCUCACAGUGCACAGUGGGGCAGGCUCCUGGCCCCAUGGGCUCCUCAGCUGCAAAGUGCUGGCUUUCCUGUCUGUGCUGUUCUGCUUUCACGCCGCCUUUCUGCUCUUCUGUGUGGGAGUGACACGCUAUAUGGCCAUUGCCCAUCACCGCUUCUAUGCCAAGCGCAUGACUGGCUGGACUUGCUUGGCAGUGGUGUUCAUGGUGUGGACACUCUCCAUGGCCAUGGCCUUCCCCCCUGUCUUUGACGUUGGCACUUACAAGUUCAUCCGUGAGGAAGAGCAGUGCAUCUUUGAACACCGUUAUGUCAAGGCCAAUGAUACCUUGGGUUUCAUGCUCAUGCUUGCCACGGUCAUGGCAGCUACCCACCUGGUUUACGUCAAGCUCCUCUUCUUCAUUCACAGUCACCGCAAAAUGAAGCCGGCCCAGUUGGUGCCAGCCAUUAGCCAGAACUGGACUUUCCAUGGGCCUGGGGCUACCGGCCAGGCAGCUGCUAACUGGAUGGCCGGCUUUGGCCGGGGUCCUACCCCUCCUACCUUGGUGGGCAUCCGACAAAAUGCCACUCAUAGCCAGAUCAAGAGAAUGCUGGUCUUAGAGGAGUUCAAAAUGGAGAAGAGGAUUUGCAAGAUGUUCUACAUGAUCACCCUCCUGUUCCUGCUGCUCUGGUCUCCCUACAUUGUGACCUGUUAUUUGCGUGUCUUCAUUAAGGCCAGCACAGUCCCCCAGAUCUACUUGACCACCUCUGUCUGGAUGACCUUUGCCCAGGCAGGAGUCAACCCCAUCCUUUGUUUCAUUUUCAACAAAGAGCUUAGAGUCUGUUUCAGAUCUCACUUCUUUUGCUGCCAAAGCAUAAAGAAUACUCAAGGCACAAUUCUCUGUGAUCUGAAGAAUUUGGGGAUAUAACUCAUUUUUCCUUAAAAAAGAAAAAAAAAAGUUUGAAAUGUCUGUGCUUUUUUUGGCAUGUGCACUUGCAUAAUGAUUAUCUAAGCAAACCCCUUGACCUCAUCAAACCAGUAGGUUAAAAUAGGGUAUUUAUAUCCAGGUUUUGUGUGUGUGUGUGUGUGUGUGUGUGUGUGUGUUGGGGGGUCUUCUAUGUGUCUCUGGAGGGUGGGAAAGCAGAGAACAAGACAGGUUCCAUUUUUUUUUCUCUGCUCUGCAUUUCUAUAGAUUAUUCUGACAUGGAUUAAAGGCCAUAAUUUUUGUUAAUUUUUCUUCCCAAUCUUGCCAGUUUUGAUAAAGGUUUAGCAAUUUUAUUCCUUAUGUAAGAUUUGAUAAAAGGCAAGACAACAUUUUGUACUAGAGUUAUUUUUGAUGACCUCAGAAUAUUAUAUUAGAGUAUUUGUCUUUCAAGUGCAAUGGAGAUGAAGAAAAUGAACUGUGUCUGGAAGUCACAUCUUUGUAGGGAGUGUUGGGGCUAAUUUUGUUUCGGUACUUAAAGAUAACUUUCUAGCUUUGUCUGAAAAUAUGGAUAGUCUUAUCCUAAUUAUACUAGAAUAAUUAGGUCAUUUCCUGCUAACCUAAUGAGCAUUGUGUUCACUUACUCUGAUGUAGAACUAAUUUAACCUUUCUUGUACUGUUUCUUUGAUAGUAUUUCAGAAACUUACGAAAAAUGGUAAUUUUAAAAGAAAGAAUGACCAACUUUUAAAACUGUCAGUAUUUCAGGUUUUAAAAUUACACUGACUUUCAUACUUUACUGGCUUUAUAAGAUCUUAUCUAC